ACAAGGCCCGACCAGAUUUUGUGGAAGCGGCGAAACCACCAACCCAGUCGAUAUUGUCUCUCAGCGCAAACCCCUCCGAGUGGGAUUGAGAGGGGGGUCAGAAUUGAUUGGAUCGUCUGUUCCUGGUUUUUUUUCACUUUUUUUUCUCGUCGCCCUCCUUCCCCUGGAAAGGCCAGUCGCACUGAUUAGUCUGGAUUCCCCCAAAGGGAAUUUUGACGAGGCGAGUGUCAGAGAGCAAGAGAAAGUGAAAAUUUUUACAGUGGAAAGAAGGAACGCAGUUUAUAGAGUCAGGAGAUGGAAGUAAAGAGGAAAGAGAGGGGAAGGAAUGAGUAGAAGUAAAAAUAAUAAUGAUGAUGAUGAUCAGAUGAGAUGAUGAGAGAGUUUUUUUAUUUCUAUUUUCUCUUUUCACAUUUUCCUUUUCUUCCUUCCAAUACUAAUCCUUCCACGCCUUCUGUUCCCUUCCUUCUGCUCCAAAUUUUCCCUGACUACUUACUAGUCUCGCUCUUAUGCUUUGCCCUCUUAAGGUCUACCCCGUUCUUGUUAGUAAAUAAUUUUACCUCACAUCUUCCCACCCUCUCGCCCUUUCCCACUUUCUCCUUCCUCCCACCACGUCUUUCUGCCUGCCGAUGCUCGCUGGCUAUCUCUCACCACUGUUCCCAAUUUCUUUUAUGUCACUUGCUCCGCCGGACUCCCUGCGACCCUCAGCCUGAGUUCGCACGUUCCCCCCCCCCUCCUCCCCCCCAAUUGCCGCUCAUCCGCGCGUUUGCUGCGUCUGAACUACUAUCUCGCAGCAGCAGCCCAGCCCUUCCCCGCCGGGAUCAAUCUUCUUCCCUAUCAAGUGGUUUAAACACUGACGUGUUUUACCUCAUUGAGACAUCCCCAUUAUCUCAUCUAAUCUUAAAACGCCUCCACCGCGUUUACCCCAGCUUUGGCGAACAUCGUGUCUCUGUGAAGUGUGAAGCAGGCCAAAGUUUGUUGGUUCGUCCCUGAGACGUAUCUGAUCUUCGAUCUGUCAUCUGCCCUGUUCUCUUUCCGGGGGGACUCUUUUUUUCAUUAUCUAAAAGUUUCCCCUCUUUUUUUUCUCCUCUUUUCCCCUCCUUUGGCUUUUUAGGUUGUAUCAGCCAAACCCCGGAUUCUGUUGGGUGACUCAUCCAAUACCACCAUCAAAUUCC